GCGCAUGCUCCAUAUGUCUCCUUCAUUGUGCCCUGUCCCCCCGUUAUAGACAGUGCUAAGCUAGGCUAGCUGUCAUCCCACGGAGCAGCACCACGCCAGGGACACUCCACCCUCUGCAGUUCCCACCUUGCAAACACCUUUGCACCGCACAAUGGCUGUCCCUCCUUCAUACUCAGACCUGGGCAAGUCCGCCAAGGAUAUCUUCAGCAAGGGUUAUGGCUUCGGUGUGGUGAAGCUGGACCUCAAGACCAAAUCGCAGAGUGGAGUGGAGUUCAACACAUCUGGCUCCAGUAACACAGACACAGGGAAGGCCUCGGGGAGCCUGGAGACCAAAUACAAGAUGAAGGAGCUGGGCCUGAGCUUCAACCAGAAGUGGAACACAGACAACACACUGGCCACUGAAGUCACUGUGGAGGACCAGCUGGCUCAAGGACUGAAGGUGGCCCUGGACACGUCUUUUGUACCGAACACAGGUAAGAAGAGCGGGAAGCUGAAGACGGGCUACAAGCGCGACUUCGUGAACCUGGGCUGUGACGUGGACUUCGAGGGUCCCAUCAUCCACGCCGCCGCCGUGCUGGGCUACGAGGGCUGGCUGGCCGGCUACCAGAUGGCCUUCGACACGGCCAAGUCCAAACUGGCCCAGAACAACUUCGCUCUCGGAUACAGGGCUGGAGACUUCCAGCUGCACACCAACGUUAACGAUGGGACCGAGUUCGGCGGCUCUAUCUACCAGAAGGUGAACGACGAGCUGGAGACGGCGGUCACUCUGGCCUGGACCGCCGGCAGCAACAACACUCGCUUCGGCAUCGCUGCCAAAUACAAGCUGGACAAAGACGCCUCUCUGUCUGCCAAAGUGAACAAUGCCAGUCUGAUCGGAGUCGGCUACACCCAGAGCCUCCGGCCAGGUGUUAAGGUUACUCUCUCAGCCCUGAUCGACGGGAAGAACUUCAACGCCGGCGGACACAAAGUCGGCAUGGGUUUCGAGCUGGAGGCAUAAAGAGGAGAAGUCAAGAGCCACCAACGAAGAAGAGCCCAGAAUCACAUCACCACACACUCCUCUGCCCCCCCUCCUCACACACACACACACACACACACAAACACACACUUUGCUGCCCCAGUCCACCACCAUCAUGUAGCUCCUCCUCUCUGGACUCUCCCUCACACUCCCUCCCUCUGUUUUCACGUUUCAUGAGCAUUUCUGACAGUGAUAGUCGAGUCUCAGCUUCAUGCUUAAACGCCCCCCCCCCCCCCCCCCCCCCCCCCCCCCCCCCCCGAGAGGAGUUGUGAGGUCGAUCCUGAAGCUGGCGGUGCGUAGUUGUGGAUUAUUACCGUUUCUAUGGUUACGGAAGUGACACUAUUUAUUUCCCUGUCGGUCCUGGAUGAAGUAGGCGUCGGUGUACGUGUGUAGCUCAUUAAGGCUUCCGUGUUCAGUUGUUCCUUCCUUCCUUAAAAACAAAAAUAAACUAUUAAAAAACAAACAAACAAAAAAAAAAAGCAUGUAAGGAUGAAAACCUGAAUGCAGAGCUGAAAGCUUCUUUGCUUGGUUAAAAAGGUGCUGAGUGUCUGUUUUUCUCUUUUUUGUUUUAUUAUGGUUUGUUGAGAUUUGUGGACUGUUUAAUCCAUAAAAAGGUUUUGAUACAGCACAUUUCAUGAACAUAUGACUGAAAUAUCUAAAGUUUGGAGGCAAAGACUCGAUUUCUGCACGGACUGAAUGAAGGAUAUUCAAAACUUGCAUUGCUUUACGGGAACAAUGAAAGUCUGUUGAGUUCAGAUGCCCCCGACCUGAUCUUUAAGCCCUCUGUGACCUCUCGUUUCGGUAGGUGAAAUCAAUGUGGUGGAAUCUUCUGGUAAGCUUGUGUAGUUAGUUUUGCAUUUCUACAAUAUUGCUUUCAUCUAUCUGCGUCGGCACGGCGGUCGCUAAGACAGCGGAGGCUGUCUCGCAUGUGUCUGUACCCUCUCGUAGAUAUCGCGGCAGUUCAGCGGCACCGGUUGUCUUAACUUGGCGGACAGCUGUUUCCUCAUGUUGCUGGAGGACUGCACUCGUUGCUGUCAGGGCUCCGCUCCUCAGAUCCGAACAUAAAACCACAGCUGAUCGUCCUCCGAGUGAUUCCAGUCUUAACGCUUGAUAGGAUAAAGUCAGAAGCUGUUGUGUCCCACAUGACCUUCCUGUUUCCUUUUUCUUUUUUGGUUAUCAUACAUCAAACUGUGUUUUCCAUCUUCUUAUGUUAUCACCGUUAUAAGGCUCAUUUUUCUUUGUCACAUAGACACAGUACCUCAUUGUUUUUCCAAUGUUAACUAAGGGAAUUCUAAUAAUAAAAAAAACUAUUAAAAACAA